AGGCCUGCACAGACCCGAGGCCUGCAGCCUGGUUGCCUGGCGACCAUGGUGGCAACACCAUGGUUCUACCCCAACUGCACCAUCCAUUCCUCUUCUUCCUGGUGCUCCUGUUGGCGGCAGCUCUGUCCCCAGGGCAGCCCAUAGCCCUAUGCCCAUCUUCCUGCCGCUGUCACAGUUGGUUGCUAGACUGCAGCCAAGCCUCCAUGGACGCAGUGCCUCGGGCCACCCGCCGCUGGGCCCUGUCUAUACUAGAUUUCAGCAACAACUCUAUUUCUUCCAUUGAAAAAGAGACAUGGAGGGAAUACCCGUGGGCUGAGUACAUAACCCUCCGGGACAAUGAUUUGAAGGUGGUGAAGAGCCAUUCGCUGGAGGGUUUGCUGCUGCUGAAGCAUCUGGAUUUAUCCGGCAAUAAAAUCCUGUCCAUUGAGGAACGUGCUUUUGAGCCACUUCCUUUCUUGCAGCUCCUGAACCUCAGUGGGAACCUGAUGGCUCAGAUCCAGAAGGACACUUUCCAGGCAUGGCACGGGAUGCAGUUUCUAAAGGAGGUGAUCCUGAGCCACAACCCGCUGUCUGUGAUCGAUGAUGCCUCGUUCUUCCAUCUUCCAGCGCUCAUCAACCUUGACCUGGGAGCAACACGUGUAUCACAGCUGGAAACGCUCAAAGUCCUCCGGACCCCAAUGCAUUUGGAGAUGCUCAAACUGCCCCGAGCUGCUGCCUGCUGCCUGUGCCAGGACGGCCGAGCUGCGGGGACGCUGUGCAGGAGCAUCCACAGCACGGAGCUGUGUGCCCGCAACCUGCACUGCGCCGUCAUGGCGCCCCGUUCAGAGCUGCCAUCAGCGCUGCGCAGCGCAGCACAGCACGGCUCAAUGCUGCACCUCCACCCCAGCCAUGGCGACACCGACACCCUGACACUGAGCGCCAGCCCCCAUAGCACCAAUAGGGCCGACAGCGACCCCAAUACGAUGAGCCGCCAUCAGCACCAACACGGGCAGGAGAUGGGAUGGAACAGUGGGUACGGGGUGGGGAACCUCCAUCCCCCAUCCAUGGGGCAGCAAAGCAUCACAGCGCAGCUGCCAGGACACAAGGUCCUACAAGGAAAGAGAGCCCACGGCCCCAUAGAGCCCAGCAAUAGGGGCAGCACUGAGGGUGAGGAUGAGGAUGAGGAUGAGCUGUUUGAAGGCCAAGUGGAGCAGCGGCUGCGCCCCAUGGUCCCCAAUGGGGCCAUCAGGGGCUUCAUCGCCCGCGUGGCACGAGCCGUGAGGAAGGACUGCAGGGAGCAGCAGCUGCAGGCGCAGUGCAGCACCGUGCUGAGACACACACAGAGCGUGGUGCAGCUCAUGGGGACGGACAGACACAGAGACACGGACAGACACAGAGACACGGACAGACACAGAGACACGGAGUGUGACAUGACGGGCAACGGGACGGACACAGCGAGCAACAACGGGACCGGGCAGGUCCCAGCAGCUCGUGGCUCCAGCCGGAGGAUCCUCCUGGCUGUGCUGGUGUCUCUCAUCAUCAUGGCGUAUAUCACAACCAUCUGCCUCAUCGAGGUCUGCUGCCCCACACCCACAGCCCCACAGCAGCAGCCCCAGCCCCGCAGCACCAGCAAGUCCCGAUGGAAACGUUUCAGGUUACUUUGGAUGCUGCUACCACGGCAACGGAGCAGGAAUGGGGCACAGGGCUCCGAUCGCAGUAAGGACGAUCCCCAGUGGCUGCGGGAUCUUUACCUGCCCCUGAAUGAGCUGCAGAAGGAUUCGAUCCAGCAGCUGUACCGGGAACCGGGGGACGAGGAGGAGGAGGAUGAAGAGCUGCUCAAUGGGGCCGGGCCAAAACGGGACGGGACGGCGGCCACAGCCGACCCCAAAGGCAGCAAAGGGGCUCCGUGAUCCCACAGCCCCGAUGGAUCCACCCCAUAGAGCCCCGGAAUGGAGGGAGGGGCCAUGGGGAUCAGUGGGGGGGGAUGUGCUGAGUUAUGGGGUGGAUGGAGCCGCUGGGUUUGAUAUUAAAGGAUAUUGGUGUUCUAU